AAAACACCCCCAUUACAUUUCUCUCCCAUAAUUUAUCAAAACCUUCUUUUAGUUUGUCAAACAAAAAACUACUCCUCAUAGUACCAACUUCACACAUAUAUAUUUCCUUAUCUCCAUUCUUUGCAACAAAUUUAAGAGUUACCCUAGCCUAUGUGUUAAACAAAGAGAGCAAAAUGUCUUCUGCUUACCAAAAUGAAGGUGAACUUGAACUGGGCCUUGGCUUGAGUCUCCAUACUGGCUCUUGUAGUAAAAAUAAUAAUGAUACUCAGUGGGGUGGUGAGCAUGUUAAGAAGAUAAAGACUGCUAAAGAUUCUGUUGCUUCUCAGGGUGACUUCUCUGCUUCUCCUCCUGCUGUCAGUCAGGUUGUAGGAUGGCCACCCAUAAGGAGUUACAGGAUGAACAACAUAAUUAACCAAACAAAGUCCACAAAUGGUGAUCAAGAAGAAAAGGAAAUGGAUGUGAAUGAUACAAGUAAAGAUUCUUCGAAGAAAAUCAACCAUGGAAGAGACAACAAUGAUACUACUACUAAAGAAAGAGGACUCGUUAAAUUUGUGAAGGUGAAUAUGGACGGAUUACAAAUAGGACGGAAAAUAGACCUGAGUGUCCAUGCUUGUUAUGAAACUUUAGCUCGAACAAUUGAGGAGAUGUUCUUUAAGUCCUCCACGACCAUGAAUUCUAUUGGCCUUGCUGGAAUGAAAAAACAAACUGUGCAACCAUCAAAGCUUUUAGAUGGAUCCUCUGAGUUUGUGCUCACCUAUGAAGAUAAAGAAGGAGACUGGAUGCUUGUUGGAGAUGUUCCAUGGGGAAUGUUUCUGAAUACUGCAAAAAGGCUUAGGAUCAUGAAGACAUCCGAAGCAGGCAGCCUAGCCCCCAGGCUCCAAGAAAGACCUGACACGCAGAAAACGAAGCCGCCUCAGCAUCACUGAAGCCACUCCAACAAGCUGAAGAAAAAACUCACAGGAAAAUAUAGUUCUUAAAAGUUGGUCAAGUUUGUAUUUCUUUUUCAUUUUAUUUUAUUUAAAGUGCCCGCAGGCAGUUCGUUGUUUUAGCCAACAUACUACUACACCUUUAGCGAUCCUACACAGGUUUAUUUACAGCUGAGUAGUUUGCUAAUUUACCAGUUGAUUAUAAUGUAUAUAUAAGAAUGCUUUCAGUCUUCAACUUCUGUGUGCAAGUUUUGCUUUCUUUGACACUUGAUGUUGGAAAGAAGCUUACCAUCUUCCAGUCAUUA